AUCCCGGCAAGCAAAGCCUGCUGCGAGUCCCUGGCGUCCCCUCCGGCGCGCUCUUCGAGCCACUUUCCCGAGCGGAAGUCAGCCUGCUGCUCAGGCUCCGGUGUGACCUGCUCGGAGGAAUGGCGCCGCCGGGUUCAAGCACUGUCUUCCUGUUGGCCCUGACAAUCAUAGCCAGCAUUCAGGCUCUGACGCCCACCCACUACCUCACCAAGCAUGACGUGGAGAGACUGAAAGCCUCGCUGGACCGCCCCUUCACAAGUUUAGAAUCUGCCUUCUACUCCAUCGUGGGACUCAGCAGCCUUGGGGCCCAGGUGCCAGAUGUAAAGAAAGCAUGCACCUUCAUCAAAUCUAACCUUGAUCCCAGCAACGUGGAUUCCCUCUUCUAUGCUGCCCAGUCCAGCCAGGCCCUCUCAGGGUGUGAGAUCUCUGUUUCAAAUGAGACCAAAGAUAUGCUACUGGCAGCUGUCAGUGAAGACUCAUCUGUUGCCCAGAUCUACCACGCAGUCGCAGCCCUCAGCGGCUUGGGCCUUCCCUUGGCAUCCCAGGAAGCACUCGGGGCCCUCACUGCUCGCCUAGGCAAGGAAGAGACUGUGCUAGCAACAAUCCAGGCUCUGCAGACAGCAUCCCAUCUGUCCCAGCAAGCUGACCUGAGGAACAUUGUGGAGGAGAUUGAGGACCUUGUUGCUCGCCUGGAUGAACUGGGGGGUGUGUAUCUCCAGUUUGAAGAAGGAUUGGAAACCACAGCAUUAUUUGUUGCUGCCACCUACAAGCUCAUGGACCACGUGGGGACUGUGCCAUCCAUUAAGGAGGACCAGGUCAUCCAGCUAAUGAACACAAUCUUCAGUAAGAAGAACUUUGAGUCACUCUCAGAAGCUUUCAGUGUGGCCUGUGCUGCUGCUGCACUCUCCCAGAAUCGAUACCAUGUGCCAGUUGUAGUUGUUCCUGAGGGCCCCGCUUCUGCCACUCACGAUCAGGCUAUCCUGAGGUUGGAAGUCACCAAUGUUCUGUCGCAGCCUCUGACUCAGGCCACUGUUAAGCUAGAACAUGCUAAGUCUGUUGCUUCCAGAGCCACUGUCCUCCAAAGGACAUUUUUCACCCUUGUAGGGGAUGUUUUUGAACUAAACUUCGUGAAUGUCAAAUUUUCCAGUGGUUAUUAUGACUUCUCUGUCAGAGUUGAAGGUGACAACCGUUAUAUUGCAAACACUGUGGAGCUCAGAGUCAAAAUCUCCACUGAAGUUGGCAUCACAAAUGUCGAUCUUUCCACUGUGGAUAAGGAUCAGAGCAUUGCACCCAAAACCACCCGGGUGACCUAUCCAGCCAAAGCCAAGGGUACAUUCAUCGCAGACAGCCACCAGAACUUUGCCUUAUUCUUCCAGCUGGUAGAUGUGAACACUGGUGCUGAACUCACUCCUCACCAGACAUUUGUCCGACUCCACAAUCAGAAGACUGGCCAGGAAGUGGUGUUUGUCGCUGAGCCAGACAGCAAGAAUGUGUACAGGUUCGAACUAGACACCUCUGAGAGGAAGAUCGAGUUUGACUCCGCCUCAGGCACCUACACUCUCUACUUAAUCAUUGGAGAUGCCACUUUGAAGAACCCAAUCCUCUGGAAUGUGGCUGAUGUGGUCAUCAAGUUCCCUGAAGAAGAAGCUCCCUCGACUGUCCUAUCUCAGAACCUUUUCACCCCGAAACAGGAAAUUCAGCACCUGUUCCGAGAGCCUGAGAAGAGGCCCCCCACCGUGGUGUCCAAUACAUUCACCGCCCUCAUCCUCUCGCCCUUGCUCCUGCUCUUUGCUCUGUGGAUCCGGAUUGGUGCCAAUAUCUCCAACUUCACUUUUGCUCCUAGCACAAUUAUCUUUCACCUGGGACAUGCUGCUAUGCUGGGGCUCAUGUAUGUCUACUGGACUCAGCUCAACAUGUUCCAGACCCUGAAGUACCUGGCCAUCCUGGGCAGCGUGACGUUUCUGGCUGGCAAUCGGAUGUUGGCCCAGCAGGCAGUCAAGAGGAUCGCUGCAGAGCAGAGCAGUAGAUUGGCAAAAUAUAGGACACUACGAACAGCACAUUAGUUCCAGAAAAAGGAUGGAAAUUUUGAAAACUGAAGUGAAUGUCAAGAGAAGGAGUCAAGAACAAUUCACAAUGUGAAAAAAGGAAUUUAAGAAAAAAUAAUUUUAUUUAAAAAGAAAACAAUUGCGAUGUGGUUGUACUGUUGCUUGUUGUUUUUCAGUUCCCCCCAUGGAGCAGACGCCUUGAGUCCAGACUGCCUGUUUCUGACAUGAUGCCCUAGCAAGGCGCUCUGAGUGCCCUUAGUUACCCACCCAGGGACUGCAUUGGAAAGUUGAAAUCUGUGAUUAAUUUGUUUUGGAAUAAAAAGGAUGAUAACAGGAGCAAA